AUGGAGGUUAUACCAGAGGCCAACGAUCCCAUCAGGGUGAGAUUGAUUGAACAACUCUCCAAGGAUACGGGUCGAGGUUAUGUCGAUAAAACCACGCACGCGCUGGUGUGGCUUUCAGAUAUCUCGCAGCUUGAAUGGAUGAUGGAUACAUCAACAUCGCGUCUUUUCGAGAUUCAAGAGAUCUUGGGUAUAUACAAUGGAUUGCUGCUUCGAGAUCGCAUCCAAGACUGUAAGUACUGCCACACUCGUCGCAAAGUCGACCGAUCCACUGAUGUCCUGUCGCCACGGCUCCCUACGGUUGGCACAAAGGCAAGACAGAAAAUGAACUGUUCAGGCUUGGUUGGAAGAAACCUCUGGGGUGGCGUCUCUCUUUUCCUCAACCACCUAUACCCCAUGACUUCAUCCCAACCAAGUACAUUGCGUGUGGACCAUCGGACCAAACAGUUCCUCAUCUGGGUGGUGUGCCCGCUGAAGUGA